GUGGAGUAUCUGAUGAGCUGAAGGCUGCACUGCGCUUCUGAACAGUGGUCGGCGCGGACGACCAGGGAGAAGACAUGGUAGAUGAGGAUGGCCGCACCUGACCUCCUCGACCCCAAGUCUGCGGUGCACAACGCCAAGCCCCGCCUCUCCUUCUCGGCCCACCCCCUGGUGCUGACCCCGCCCGUGGACGAGUACGACGAGGUGCGCACCGCCGUCAUGAGGUGGAAGACGGUGUCGGCCAUCUUCUUCCUGGUGGUGCUGUACCUCAUCGUGGGGGCCACGGUGUUCCGGGCCCUGGAGCAGCCCCACGAGAGCUCCCAGAAGCUGGCCAUCCUGGCCGAGAAGCUGGAGUUCCUCGACCUGCACGCCUGCGUCAACUCGUCCGAGCUGGAGGACCUGGUGAAGCAAGUGGUCUCUGCAAUACGAGCCGGCGUCAACCCAUCAGGAAAUCCCUCCAAUCAGACCAGCCUAUGGGACCUAAGCUCCUCCUUCUUCUUCGCCGGCACCGUCAUCACCACCAUUGGCUUUGGGAACAUCUCUCCUCACACAGAGGGCGGGAGGAUCUUCUGUAUAAUCUACGCCCUGCUGGGGAUUCCGCUGUUUGGAUUCUUAUUGGCUGGCGUCGGGGAGCAGUUGGGAACCAUCUUCGGAAAGGGCAUCGCCAAAGUAGAGAAGAUGAUUGUGAAGUGGAACGUGAGCCAGAUGAAGAUCCGGGUCUUCUCCACCGUGCUCUUCAUCCUGUUCGGCUGCGUGAUCUUCGUGGCGCUGCCGGCCGUCAUCUUCAAGCACAUCGAGGGCUGGAGCGCGCUGGAGUCCAUCUACUUUGUGGUCAUCACCCUCACCACCAUCGGCUUCGGGGACUUUGUGGCGGGCCUGGAGAACCCAGAGUUCAUGGACUACUACAAGCCGGUGGUGUGGUUCUGGAUCCUGGUGGGCCUGGCCUACUUCGCUGCCGUGCUCAGCAUGAUCGGGGACUGGUUCCGGGUGAUCUCCAAGAAGACCAAGGAGGAGGUGGGCGAGUUCCGGGCGCACGCGGCCGAGUGGACGGCCAACGUGUCGGCCGAGUUCAAGGAGACGCGGCGCCGUCUGAGCGUGGACAUCUACGACAAGUUCCAGCGCGCCGCCUCCAUCAAGCGCAAGCUGUCGUCGGAGCUGGGCAUGAACGCCGUCAACCAGGAGAUGACGCCGGGCAAGCGCACGCUCUCCGUCAACUUCGGCGAGGAGCGGGAACUGUACCCCAACCUGACGCUCUCGUUCACCCCCGCGCCGCUGAGCCGGAACGGCAGCCUGUACCUCAACGGCCUCAGCCCCGACUACGCCGACCGCCGCGAGGUGGCAAUCAUCGAGAACUUCAAGUAA